UUUUAAGUAAAAGUAGUUGGAAAACGGAAAAAUCAAUAUCUCUAGUCAGACUUGUCGAAGGAACGUAAGAAUUUAUUUACGAAAUAGGAAAAAGUGCUCGAAAUAUUUAAUUGAAAACACAAAAUGUGCCUGCUAUUAGUGAAUAUUGAACUGGUGUAGUUGAAGGGAGUUGAAGGGAAACGAUUUGUGGUCUAUAUUAGGAUUAAAAAUUGAAGAACAAUUUACGUCGCCGAUUUCCUUUUGACUUUGUUGAAUAUUUAUUUGAUAAAAAAAAAAUAAUGAAAAUCAGACGCAUUGAGAGAGUUGGGUGAUGUGAAAGCAAAAUUUAGAAAUUAAAUAUUUGAUUCGGUAAUCUAGAAUCAAAACUAAUUAAAAAUGGCUGCAAUGAGGACAAUUAUUUGUGUUGUAUUCCUGUGGACUGUCUGGAUACCAAAGUGUUUCGCAGCUCCUGCAAAGGAUUUAAUGUGUGCAGAGUAUAUUGCACUCGGAGUAAAUGCACAACCAGAUAGUGAUGAGUACAAAGAAUACAGCGAUGAGUAUGACAAUAAUGACGAUGAGAAGAGUAAUGUUGCACAGAAGGAGCUUUUUCGUCCGAAAGGCGCAAUUUUGUGCCCAAAUCGAAAAGAUUUUUGUUUCUCUUUGUGGCGAACCGAUCAAAACGGAUCGGUUGUUAUGGUUCGACAAGGAUGUUGGCAGACGGAGGCACCGAAAACGUGCCAGAAUAAUCUUUGUAUCAGUGACAAGCCCAAAUCGUCCACUAAGAGUCAUCGCUUCUGCUGUUGUUCGGACAAUAUGUGCAAUUCAAACGUUACUGUCACGGAAACGAUAGACGAGGAACCGUCAACCAUCGAUCCAUACAUUGAAACAUCAGCUUUGGCAAUGGUAAUCUCGGUCUGGACAAACUCAUUGACAUGGCUAUGCGUCUCUUUGAUCGUGAUUAUUGUGUCCGUUAUUGUAUUCGCGUACGUUUGUCGCAAAACCAUAAAAGCGGAACCGGAACUUUCACCACUUUCGCCGUCAGGACCGGGCUAUAGUUCGAAUUUACACAACGUUGAUAAUUUGAAACUUUGUGGGAUGAUUGGACAGGGAAAAUACGGCACCGUCUGGAAGGGGAUGAUUAACGAAACGGCAGUGGCGGUGAAAAUAUUUCCCAGCCAGCACAAGCAAUAUUUCAUCAAUGAGAAGAACAUUUAUUCGGUCAGUUUGAUGGAUUGUCCAAGCUUAUUGGAGUACUAUGGAUGUGAUACAAGACGAACGCUACACGAUAACAUUGAAUAUUUGAUUGUACUGUCACUGGCGCCAUUAGGUUGUUUGCAAGAUUGGUUGCACGAGAAUACAUCAUCGUUUGCAAUUUUCACAAAAAUGGCAAAAUCGGUCGUUCGAGGCCUGUCGCAUUUGCACACCGAACUCAAGAAGAACGAUCUCGAGAAGCCGUGCAUUUGCCAUCGAGAUCUGAACACUAGAAAUAUCCUCGUUAAAGCUGACCUAAGUUGCUGCAUUUCUGACUUUGGUUUCGCGUUGAAGACAUAUGGGCCCAGAUACGAAUGGAAAGGUGAAAUCUCUUUAGCUGAAACAAAAAGCAUCAAUGAGGUUGGCACUUUGCGUUACAUGGCCCCAGAGGUUCUAGAAGGUGCCGUUAAUCUACGCGACUGUGAAACAGCAUUGAAACAAAUCGAUAUCUACUCCUUCGGUUUGGUCCUGUGGGAACUCUGCACUCGAUGUGAGGAUUGGUAUCCUGCUGGAUGUGAACCACCUGUGUACGCUUCUCCGUACGAAGCAGAAAUCGGUAAAUGUCCGUCAUUCGAACAAAUGCAAGUGUUGGUGUCGAGACACAAGGCACGACCGCAAUUUCCAUUGAAUUGGGGUGGUGGUACUGCUGCUAAAAUUGCGAAAGAAACUUGCGAAGACUGUUGGGAUCACGAUGCCGAGGCCAGACUGACUGCACUGUGUGCCGAGGAGAGACUGCAUGAAUUGUCCAAAUUUGAGCCGAAAAAUUCGACCACAAUUUGCGAAUCGACAAAUCGUCAGUCUCAAAUGGCGAAUAAUUCGAAUCCACAUGCCUUUCGGGUGACCGAUACUGCGAAGAAUUUGUACGGCGCUGAUGAAGAGAUCACCAUUAUUACGCCACCAAAUCAAAUUCUGCCCAAUGCAAACGCUGACUUUACGGACAAAAGAAGUUGCCUCGUGAACGUUCACACAUUUCACCCGUCGAACAACAUAUUUGGUAGUUCCACUCCAACGCCGAAAAUAAUUCAAAAUCAGAUUCUCUACGAGAAAAAUAGAAAAUUGCAGUCGACGGAUGGCGGUGACGACAACAGUAGCUACUCGUAUGUUGAGGAGAGUGGGAGCGUCGAAGAAUUGCUUGCGACUAAAAGCAAGUUGGACAGAAAAAUCAAAGGAUGGUACGGUGUCCGUGCGCUUAUACAAAAGAAGCUAUUUAGCCAUCACCCCUACGAUAACAGAAGUAAAAAUUCGGAAAAAUUAAACAUCAUCGACAGCCCGGCAAUUGUGAACGCAUCAUCGCCAAUCAAAAACUCGCGACAAACAGCCGAAUCCAUGGAACGGCCGCGUAACUUAGAUCUUCAAUCCCAGCCGAAUGUAGUGGCUCCAAUACGUUCACUCGACAGAGGUGUGGGUGUGAAAAAACCACCAGGCGACUCAAACCAGGCAUUCACUAUAAUCACUCAAAAUCCAAAAAUUGUCGUCUCAAAGUCAACCAAUGCAAUGAAAAGUCUAUCAACGAUGGAAUCUAUCGACGAUCGAAUGCUGAAACGACAGAGAUCGCUGGAAGUAUUUCGCGAAGUGUUCGGAGCAAAAGGCAGCAUAGAACGAUUACGUGAUCCGAGUCAAAGAGUUUUGACUCCGGGCGAUGUUCCCCCAUCCGUACGAAAGAUGAGAGCAUCGAAGACAUUAUCUUUGUACGAUGAUCGAAUGAUGGACACGUCUCAACGAAAUACUCUCUAGCAUGAAGAGGUUCUGCUGCUAGAGCUCUAAUCGAUCGAUUGAUUGAUUUGAUUGGAACUUUUGCCAGCAGAGACAUUUUCUUUGAAAUUCGUUUUUUAAAUUUUAGUAACAAAAUCGAUACCGCGGAGCACACAAUUUAUACCAAGAACCACGGAGCUACGUUGUUAAGACAAUUAUUAGCAUUUUUAUAGACUAUAGGACCUACUUUUAUCGUUUAUGAGACGGCUGACGUUGUUGGCGACGACAAGAGUAAGCGAUGUAUUCACUGCCUAAUGCGGUCUUACACCCAAUUUUUUGUUAAAAUUAUUGAAGUAAAAGAUUUUUGUAUAUCAUCAUUGAAAUGAAAAGUAUUGAGCCCGACACGGCCGGGCAUGGUCAUUAUAAUUAACGGUAAUUAGCGAAGUUAAGUAUAUAUCGAUGAUAAUAAUUUUGAGUACGUGGUAGUUAUUUGAUAAACAUGGAGUAUUGAGAAUUAUGAUGAAUAGAAAAGAAGCAAACCAGAGACUGUAAUUUAAAAUGAAAAGAAAUCAAAAAUUGUCAUUCACCCUAUAAGUAUAUUCUGUAUAAUCACAAUUUAUGCUCUAUUUCCCUCUUAUCAACAAAAAAAUUUAUUCUUUCACAUCAUAACCGAGGGCAUUAUACCGGCAAUUUUUUUUUUUAUUUGAACAAAAUUAACUUCGAAAAAAAUAAACUAUCCAUUUGACGAGCAAAAU